AUGGUCUUCACUGGCUACGUUCAGCCCUAUCGAAAGCUUGAAUUUCUAGCCAUCUCCCAUGUCUGCAGUUUGAGAUAUUCCUCUCGGUCAGACCCCUACCUUCAGGAUGUUCAAGAGACUGCCAGCAACAACAACGUGAUUGUUAAGAAGCGAAGAUGGGUUACUUUUUGUUCAGCUGAAUGGCCCACUUUCAACGUCAGGUUUAUAACAAAAGAGAGACAGAGGAACAAAAGAAAGAGAGGAGGGAAAGAAAACGUCGAGAGAGAGAGAGAGAGAGAGAGAGAGAGAGAGAGAGAGAGAGAGAGAGAGAACAGGAGAGAUAGGAGACAAGAGAAGAGCCUGACCAAGAUACUGGAACAGCAACAGACACAGAUGGAGAGAGUGCUCCUGGCUGCAGAAGCAGGAAGCUAUGAGAAGGGGAAAAGGCCCCGGCCUAAGCUAGGAAAGAAUCAGUGUGCGUACUGCAAGGAAGAAGGACACUGGGCUAGUGAAUGCCCUAAAAAUAGGAGCAAGAGAGAAACAUCAGUGCAACUCGGAAGGAAGCCAACUUCCAUCCUUGCCGCCCUGGAUGAAGACAGCGACUAGGGAGGACGGGGCUCGGCCCCCCUCCCCGAGCCUAGGGUAACCCUAAGAGUGGAGGGGAAACCUGUCCACUUCAGUGACACUGGAGCAGAAAGUUCAGUCCUCUUGACAUCGGGGCGGGGGGGACCCCUGUCAAGAAAACAAACCUGGGUACAGGGAGCAACGGGCACUAAACCUUAUCGAUGGACUACCCAAAGAACAGUGGACUUGGGAGUGGGACAGGUAACCCACUCAUUCCUAGUCAUUCCUGAAUGCCCAUAUCCUCUUCUGGGGUGCCAUCUGUUGGCUAAAAUGAAGGCACAGAUCCAUUUCACUGAUAAGGGUGCUCAAGUCAAACACCCUGAUGGGAGGGCUAUUGGAGUGUUUUUGACAAUGCCUUUGGAGGAAGAAUACCACCUCCAUGAACAAGAGCGGUCCUCCAUCAAAUGUGCAGACAUGCAGAUCCGGCUCCAACAAUUCCCCACUGCGUGGGCCAAGACAGGGGGAAUGGGGUUGGCCAAACAUAGACCCCCAGUCUAUGUGGAACUUAAAACCGAUGCAGACCCAGUGAAGGUCCGCCAGUACCCCAUGACCCUGGAAGCCAAAAAGGGAAUCACCCCCCAUGUGAGACGACUCCUACAAGAGGGAGUCUUGCAGCCCAUUCAGUCUGCAUGGAACACACCACUCCUACCAGUUAAAAAGCCACAGACAAAUGACUACCGCCUUGUCCAAGACCUUCGAGAAGUUAACAAAAGGGUAAUGGACAUUCACCCCACUGUGCUCAAUCCCUAUACUUUAUUAAGUAUGCUCCUUCCAGAUAAAGAAUGGUAUACUGUUCUAGAUUUAAAAGAUGCCUUCCUUAGUCUCCCAGUUGCACUGAACAGCCAAGGUUAUUUCGCCUUUGAGUGGCAUGACCCAGCCAUUGGAAUAAGUGGGCAACUGACUUGGACGAGACUGCCACAAGGAUUCAAGAAUUCACCCACCAUAUUUGAUGAGGCUCUCCAUGAGGAUCUGGGUGAGUACCACUCCCAGCACCCCCAUGUCUCUCUUCUACAAUAUGUAGAUGAUAUACUAAUAGCCAUUAAGUCAGAGGAGGAGUGCCUUGGUGGAACUGAAGAUCUUCUAAGGACACUGGGGACACUGGGCUAUCUUGCCUCAGCCAAAAAGGCCCAGAUCUGCAGGAAACAGGUAACUUACCUAGGGUAUGUGCUGAAAGAGGGAAAGAGAUGGCUGUCCGAGGCCAGGAAAGAAAUGAUGUUAAAAAUACCAAUGCCGAGGACAGUAAGGCAAGUCAGAGAGUUUCUGGGCUCUACAGGGUUUUGUAGACUGUGGAUCCCAGGAUAUACUGAAAUUGCUUGCCCCCUCUAUGAGGCCAUGAAAGAACAGACUUUGAUUUGGAACUCUGAAAGGCAGACUGCCUUUGACACCAUUAAGCAAAAAUUACUAGAAGCCCCAGCCCUGGGUCUCCCUGACAUCAACAAGCCUUUCCUCCUGUAUGUAGAUGAAAAUAGGGGAGUGGCAAAAGGGGUGCUGACCCAGAGCAUUGGGCCUUGGAGGAGGCCGGUGGCCUACUUAUCUAAGAAAUUGGACUCUGUGGCAGCAGGAUGGCCCCCGUGCCUACACCUCAUUGCUGCCGUGGCCUUGUUAGUUAAAGAUGCAGACAAACUCACUUUGGGGAAAAGCCUCGUGGUGGCUACUCCACAUGCCCUGGAGUCGGUUCUGAAGCAGCCUCCUGACAGAUGGAUGAGUAACGCCAGAGUAACUCAUUACCAAACUCUACUCCUAAACCGAGGUAGAAUAACGUUCCAGGUGCCCACUGUCCUCAAUCCAGCCACUAUGCUACCUGAUCCAGUCCUAGAGGCCCCCCUACACGACUGCAACGAGAUUCUCUCCCAAGUGCAUUGCAUUCGACCAGACCUCCGUGACACACCACUGACAGACGUGGAGGAAACCUGGUUCACAGAUGAGAGCAGCUUUGUACGGGAUGGACACAGGUAUGUGGGGGCUGCAGUCACCACCACCUGGAUGGUCUGGGCAGAAGCCCUACCAGCUGGCACCUCAGCCCAGUGGGCCGAACUAAUAGCAUUGACAAAAGCUUUAUGCCUGGGCAAAGACAAAAAGAUCAACAUCUACACAGAUAGUAGGUAUGCCUUUGCUACCUUACACAUCCAUGGGGCAAUAUACAUGGAAAGGGGGCUACUGACUGCUGAGGGAAAGACUAUCAAAAAUAAACAAGAGAUAUUAAAAUUGUUACAAGCACUUUGGCUCCCAAAGAAGUUAGCAGUGAUGCAUUGUCCAGGACAUCAAAAGGGGACAGAUGUGGUUUCAAAAGGAAACAAUUUGGCAGAUCAAAAAGCAAGGGAGAUAGCUACACUUAAGAGCCCUGUAGCCCUACCUGUCCUGACUGACCCAGGCCCUCGUAGCCUACCCUUGCUGCCAAAAUAUGACUCAGAUAAAGAGGCCUGGGCUAGUCAAUUAGAAGGAGCAUACAAGAAGGAUGGCUGGUGGCAAUUACCUUCAGGAAAAGUACUGCUACCGAGAUUACUAGGAGAGCACGUCCUCAUAAGAAUCCAUCAGACCUCCCACUUGGGGACUCGAAAGCUGAGAGAAUUGAUCUCUGGGUUCCCACUGAAGAUUCGACAGGCCAGCCACCUGAUUGACAAAAUUGUGAUGGAGUGCAAAGCUUGCCAACUGGUAAAUGUCCAAAAAGCAAAAGGAGAAAAGGGUACCCGCAUGAGAGGGACCCGCCCAGGUACGUACUGGGAAAUAGACUUCACAGAGAUCAAACCAGGUAAAUAUGGAUAUAAAUACCUGCUGGUUCUUGUAGAUACCUUUCAGGGUGGACUGAAGCCUACCCCCACCAAACAUGAGACAGCUCAUGUGGUAGCCAAGAAGAUACUGGAAGAAAUCCUCCCCAGGCUUGGCUUCCCACACAUGAUCGGGUCAGACAAUGGCCCAGCCUUCAUCUCGCAGUUUCGAGCCUGGAGACUGGGUCCUGAUCCAGAGGCAUCAACACAAGUCCCUGGAGCCACGGUGGAAAGGACCCUACCUCAUCAUCUUGACCACCCCAACGGCUCUCAAGGUGGACGGCAUCUCCACUUGGAUCCACCACACCCACACCUGACCUGUGGUGCCUGCAGCUGAGGAACAUCCAGACGGAACCUGGAGAGUGUCCAAGCAUCCUACUGAUCCCCUGAAGUUAAAGCUACUACAGUAUAUGAGACAAAGACUAGGCACCAUACAACUCAUGGUGCAAUGGGGUUAUACUCAAGUCAGGACUACCGAGUACUAGUCAUAUGCAGACCCCGAAGUGAGGACAUGGGAAUCUCAUGAACUAGAACAAGUUAGGGGCCCAUGAUUGAGCCCCUCUAGGGCCAAGAGAAGGAAGGAAUGAGAAACCCCCACCCCAGUUCCCCCUAAGGCCUGGAGAGCUGAGGAAAGGGACAUCUUAAAAUAGCCAGAACCAAGUCAGUUCCCCAUUUCCAGACAGGGUGAAGUCAGAAGUUUUAAAAGUACAAAAUCAGACUGUCUGGUGGUAGCUAACCACGAGACGCCCCCCUCCCCUGAGAUAAUAUGACCAAAUUUUGGAGAUGGGCUGUAAAACUUACAGAGCAAAAAAUAAGAUAAAAGUCCAAACUCAGGAAAACUGGACCAAUCAAGGGUGGACCUAUACUAACCCCCUACUCUCUGAAGAAUUCUGUGGUUUUUGCCUUCAAAAGCUAAUCUCCCCAAGAAAGAGGAACUCUCCUCCCUGCCUCGCUGCUCCGGGCACUGCGGACGGGGGUUCCUUGCUAGCUCGUAUUGCGCCAACAAGUAAACCUUGCUAUUUCAUUCUGGA